CGAACUUUCACUCAAACAACUUUCAAAAUUUUUCUUUGGAAAAAUUAGAAAUUUAUUUUUUAACAUUUUGCCAGCAAUUCAACAACAUUUAUUUAUUUAUAUAUAUACACAGAUUUAUAUAUAUAUACCAGUAUUUAUAUAUAAAUACCAGCGACAAUGCCGUGCUUCACAGCCUCGAAUUUACGGCUUGUACGAGACCAGUUGGAGCACGCUGGUAAGAGGCGUGCCAAAACAACGACAACACAUCGUUCGCAAGGGAGUAGCACAAAUGUGGCAGUCGGCACCACCGCAGAGCUGAAUGCGUCGCUGAAAGCAGCCAUUGCCGCACAGAAUAAUAAGAAAGCCGCCAAGGAAUGCACCGAAUUCCUGAAAGUAAUGGGUUACACGCCGCAAACUUUGAAUAAACGGCCAGUGGGACCGAAAUCGGGCAGAACUAAGAAUCAGACAACGCUAACGCAAAAAGAGUUGGAUCGCCUGAAGAAUGCAUCGAAAGUGGUUACGCUAGAGGACCGCCUAGAGGUCUUGAAGCGACAAGAGGAGGAACGCAAUCGUAUGGAAAAAGAGACUGAAGAGGUGCGCACGCGCUUCAAAAAGAUUGACGAUGCGCGACAGAAGGCUUUAGAGGAGAAUGCCGUAAAAGAAGAUCUCUUCGGUGCCGGCGAAAAAGUCAAGGUACUAGAGCGUGCCUUUCUAGCCAAACACGAACAAGAAGAGGAAGUGCGUCGUGUCAAUCGCAUCAUACUGAAUGCCAAGUGUCAGGCGGUGCGUGAUGCGCAGAUACAGGAGAAGGAGGAUUUUCAACGUGAGCUGCGCAACGAAGAGAUGCGUAUGGAUCGUAUGGUAUUGGAAGGUGCUACGGGUGCGCUCAAAAAAGAGGACGCCAAAGAGGAGAAAAAGAAAGAGGAGAAACUGAAAUACGCUUGUGAGAUACGUAAUCAAUUGAAUGAACGCGAGACAUUGCGCUUUCUCGAAGCGGAGCGCCUGGAGCAGGAAGCCAAACGUAUACGCAAAGCCAAUGAAUUGAUACGCGUCGAAGAUGAGCGACAAGCGCAAUUGCAACGUGAACGUAAGCUGAAAUUCCGCGAAGAGCUGAAUCGUAUUGCCGAGAUGGCAGCGCUCUUCAAGCGUAUGCUCUGUGAGCAGGAGCGUGAGGCCGAUAUGCGUGCCGCCGCAUAUAUGCGUGAAAAGCAAAAGAAGGAACGUGAAUUGGCAAUGGAGAAGAAAUUGGCACAAGAGGCGUCCGAAAGUAAGCGCCAACGCAUAUUCAUAUUGGCACAAAAGGUGCUCGAGGCAAAAUCGGCCAGCGAAGAGUUGAGUUAUAUGCGUGAGCAGGAGCGUAUCGAACGCGAAUACAGACGUAAGGAGAAGGAGGCGACAAUGCGUAAGCGACAAAUCGAAAAAGAUUUAGCCGAAGCACGCGAGAGUCAAUUACGUCAAACCAAACAACGACAAGCGCUGCAAAUUGCACGCGCCGAACAGGACUUUGACAAUCUAAUGGCGCAAGUGAAGGUCGAUGAGGAGAAACAAAAACAACAGGAGGCACAACGUGAACGUCAAAAUGACUGCUAUCGUCAGGCGAUCAUUAAACAAAUGAACGAUAAAGAGCUGGAACGGCGUCGUCUCUUGGAACUGGAUCGCGCACAGGCCUUGGAUUGGCGUGAGGGCGAACGUCAACGUGAUCGCAAUAUACGCGCUGUAAUUGAUGCGAAAUUGGCAGCAAUGCGCGACGCUUGCCUGCCGGAGAAAUACAUUAAAGAAGUUGAAAUGCAAUUGACUAAAAUUAAAGGACAGAAGGCGCUACUGACCAAGAUCAAAUGAGUGUAAGGAGCUACUAUAUUUAUACAUCGGUGUCAAAAUAAUAAUUUACAUUAUUAAUUAUCAAUUUGACACCGAUAAUGUGAGUUAUUAUAUGACGAACGCAAACCUACUCAACUUUACUAGAAAUAUGGGAUUCAAAGAUUUAUUAAAUUUGCAUAUAUAUACACAUGUAUAAUAUUAAAAAUGCAACUACAAAUAAUUGCUCACUCAUAACGACUAUAAAAUUAUUGUAAAUGUUUCUUGCAUACAAUAAAAUAACUUUCCUCACAAUAAA